ACUCCCUCUGGAUGGACUCGUCUCUCUGCGCGUCGAAGCUGCGCGGGGCGGAGUUGGGAGCGCGCACGGAGAGCGUCCAGGACGCACAACCCACCCGAGCUGUGUUGAUAUUGGCAGCUCGGUCCUUCCACGGGAGGUUAUGUCUUCAAGUCUCUGCGAGGAGGAGAAGCUGGAAGAGGGAACGACGCGAUUUAAUCGACUUUAAAUGAGGAUGAGUUCACUUUGCGCGCGGAGACCGGCCGGGGAAUGCUCCUGCACACAUGAGAUCUAACUUUGGAAAGCGUUGAACCUGCCACAGUCAUGUCUCACGCACAAGUUGAGAGACCAGGACUCGCGUUCCCAGGCCUCUCCGUGGACAUGACGGACGACUGCUUGUCCCGGGUCCCCACCGUGCUCAGGACGCAGGGUUUGGGCGCGCGGAGGAACUCGUACGGGCUGCAGAAGAUCACCAUGGACAUGGACUCGCCCCUGUACAGCAGCGUCCUGUCCAAAGCGCUGUCCUGGUCCGCUGAGAACAUCCUGACGCUGCGGGAGUCCAGAGCAGAGGAGGAGGAGGAGAAACCCGAAGACACUCCUCCGCCGCCUUCGUCCCCGGCGGCUUCCAGCUCCGGCGGCGCGCCCGCGGGCGGCCACGAGCCGGACGCCGGGUCCGCCGGAGGAAACUGGGCUUCGGGUUCGAGGUCCAACGCGCACGAAGCCAGCUCCGACUCUGACAGCGAGCUCCACAACAAGCGGAGCAAGAUCCCGUCACGCAUCAUCUUUGACACCCAGUGGGAGCAGGAGGAGAAGGAGGACGUGGAGACCAAAGCCGUGGCCACCUCUCCGGAUGGAAGGUACCUGAAGUUCAACAUCGAGAUCGGGAGGGGGUCCUUCAAGACGGUCUACAAAGGACUGGACACGGAGACCACGGUGGAGGUGGCCUGGUGCGAGCUGCAGACACGUAAGCUGACUAAGGCAGAGCGGCAGCGUUUCAGCGAGGAAGUGGAGAUGUUAAAAGGCCUCCAGCACCCGAACAUCGUCCGCUUCCACGACUCCUGGAAGUCGACCAUGAAGGGUCACAAGUGCAUCAUCCUCGUCACCGAGCUCAUGACCUCUGGCACGCUCAAGACGUACCUGAAGAGGUUCAAGGAGAUGAAGCUGAAACUGUUGCAGCGCUGGAGUCGUCAGAUCCUCAAAGGGCUUCACUUCCUGCACACGCGCACCCCUCCCAUCAUCCAUCGGGACCUCAAGUGUGACAACAUCUUCAUCACCGGCCCCACCGGCUCCGUCAAGAUAGGAGAUCUGGGACUGGCCACUCUCAAAAGUGCCUCGUUUGCUAAAAGUGAACACCAGAGUUCAUGGCCCCGGAGAUGUACGAGGAGAAGUACGACGAAGCCGUGGACGUCUACGCCUUAGGGAUGUGCAUCCUGGAGAUGGCCACCUCCGAGUACCCGUAUUACGAGUGCCAAAACGCCGCCCAGAUCUACCGCAAAGUCACCAGUGUACACCAUUCAGGACCUGCUGGAGCACCCCUUCUUCCAGGAGAACAACGGCGUGCACGUGGAGCUGGCCGAGGAGGACGACAUGGUGAAGCCUGACCUGAAGCUGUGGCUGCGCAUGGACGACAUCAAGAAGCUCCACGGGAAGUACAAAGACAACAACGCCAUCGAGUUCCUCUUUGAGCUCUACAAAGACGUGCCCGAGGAGGUGGCUCAGGAGAUGGUCGUGCUUGGCUUUGUGUGCGAGGCGGACUUCAAAAUCGUGGCCAAGGCCAUACGGGACAGAGUGACGGCCAUCAAGAGGCAGAGGGAGAAGCUGAAGCGGCAGGCGGAGGAGCGGAGGAGGAAGCAGGCGCAGGAGGCGAUAGAAGAAGAACCGGAGCCGCAGCCGCCCUCGCCCAAAUUCAACGACGCGGUCCUGGCCGAGUCCCCCACCCCAACGCUGACACCCUUGGCUUCUAUGUUGUCGCCCGUCACCAGUUCUGCAGACUCCGGGGUCGGCUCCAGCUACCCCGCGGAGCCAGAGGAACCGGAGGCGGAUCAGCACUUCCACGUCCGCUACAACAGCCUGUCUUCUGCUAACUCUGACUGUGAGACUGACGGCGACCAGAGUUCCUCCGGGCUUCAGGAUCCGCUGGACGCCAGCAGCUUUAACUCCCCAGCAUCCCCUCCAAACACGCAAACCAGCAGCCCCGCAGGGAACGGUCUCCCCAUCCCAGCCCUGCGCUUCCCUUCGAGUAUCGCAGUUCUCAGUAACACAGAGCUUGGACAUUCAAGACCUGCGAGCGACUUCAGCUCACCUGUGGACAGCUACGCCUCCGACGUCACGUCGGGUCUGAGCGACGGUUACGAGGGCCUGUCUGAGAAGAGCGAGAAGUCUGCGGCGAGGCGAAACGCCGCCAAACUGUUCAGGAGGCGGGCACGCUCCAGGCUUCGCAUCACUGAGCUCUCUGAUAAAGUGGACCGAGUGGUGGAGUGUCAGCUGCAGACGCACAACGACAAGAUGGUGACCUUCAAGUUCGAUUUGGACGGAGACAACCCAGAAGACAUUGCUGCUGUCAUGGUGCACAAAGAGUUCAUCCUCCCGUCCGAGAAGGAGGGAUUUAUCCAUCGCAUGAGGGACAUCAUCAAACGUGCCGAGGCUCUGAUGGCCAAAGAACCGCCAGUUCACCCCAGCACGCUCCGACUGGCCCAGCUGGCCUCCCACGGUGGAGUCAACUCCCUGUCCUCGUCGCAGCCUAAUCUGCACAGCCACACCAUGCCUCGAACCCAGUCCUCGUCUUCUCUGCCCGGUUCUCCUCUCGCUCACCAGCAGCACAGCCGCACUUCCUCUCUGCUGUCCCAUCAUCAGCACUACCACGUGCCCUACCUGGGCCCAACUCACUUCCCUUUCCCGUAUCCAGGCUCGCCUGGUUCCCCGAAGCCGCCAGGUUUCCACCCGCCCCUCACGCGGGUAGCCAGCAACCCCACCUUCCCAUCUGUGCCCUCCCCGACCCCCAGCUCCCCCAGUCCGGUGAACGAGACCCCUAGCCCUACAAAUGAGAGCGUCACCAUGUCCUCGCAUACGCCGCAGCACCCCAACAUGUGGCCCGCUCACACGCAGCCGCUAUUCUCUUUGGCGAACGUCAUCUCCAUGGCGAUGAGCAUGGCUCAGUCCUUCAUCCCCCCCGGUAACCUCCCCACCCAGGCCAUGCCCUCCUAUCCAGUCUUCCACCCGCAGCUGCCAGCCCAUUUAGCCCCUCAGUCAGGUUACCCCACCAUGUACCCCAACCAUUACCAGACUCCAGCGCCGCCAGUGGAGCUCCCCUACCCGUCGGUGGGCAUCUACCCAACCCCGGAGCCCACCCCCUACAUGGACGGAGUUCCUUUUUACCAGAACGUUCAUCCUCACUGGCAACAUCCCAUGUCUCCCAUGUCCUCCGUGCCUUCCACUCCUCUGCAGUCGGUUCUGGAGACGUUGCGACCCAACGGCUCCCCCAGUCCCACUAAAGACGGCUACACAGCGCCGCACUCAGCCCAGCUCCAGCCUAAAACUGGUUCACUAGGGUCCAGUUCAUCAAACCUUUCCUCGUCGCCUCCCGUGAGCCCAAAAAACACUGUGUCCUCCGUCAACAGUCAGUUCCAUCCAGCCGGACCUGAGACCAGCAGAGGUUCUCCGAAGCCGAAGUCUCCUCCUGCUGCGUCUGACGUUCAUCCGGUUCCGGUGACCGUCGGACGGUUCCAGGUGACGCCCAGCGUCGACAUCCCCAAACCUGCCACGCCCGCUGCGCCUCAGCCGCCCGCCAACGCCAGCACCCAGUCCGAGAGCAGCACAGAGGAGCAGGGGGGGUCCGAAACCAGCAUGGGCACCUCCCUCACCAUGUCCCCUCCUCACCCGCACCCCAACAGAGGCACCGCGGGGGUCCUACAGGAGGCCGCCGGGCCGCCGGGGUGGGCUGUGAGCCAGGAGCUGCAGCAGCACGACAGAGGAGGUGAAGGAGAGGAAGGCGAAGACGAGGAGGAUGAGGAGGAGGCGCUGGGGGAGAGAUCGAGGGUGAGGAAGAGAGGACGGCGGAGGACGUGCAGCUUCAGCCUGAUGGGGACGUCCGCGGACAGCGGGCUGUCGGUGACGGCCGCCGACACCGAGGGCAGGCUGUGGGACGGAGCGGCGGGGAGUCCUCAGUACGGUAACGCUCUUCAUCACCUGUGGAUGACGACGUACAACCGGAACGCCCCCUUCCUGAGCAGCGACGACUCGGACAGCAACGGAGAGGAGAUGCUGGAGGAGCUGCGGGAACUCCGAGAGAAACAUCUGUCGGAGGUCCUGGCUCUGCAGGCGGCCCAGAAGAGAGAGAUUGAGGAGCUCUAUGAGAGCGUGGGGAAGGUCCCCCCUCCAGGCAUCGUCUGCCCUGCAGCCAUGCUGUCCAGUCGGCAGCGCCGCCUCUCCAAAGGGAGCGGUUUCUCCUCGUCUCGCAGGAACAGUCUGCAGCGGGUGGACAUGCUGCCUCUCCAAGGCAUCAUCAGGAGAAACUCUCUGGGAGGCAGCAGCAGCGGCUCGCAGGAUAAACCCAGCAAAGGCGUCACCUUCGCCAAAGACUUGAGCAGAAUGUAAGAAGCAUGCUGCGAGUCUGGACUACCUCAUCUGAAGUGGGACUGCAAGAGGUCACGAGUCUUCAACCCGUUCCACCGACGCGCCGAUCAAC